CCGCGGCUGCUGAUGGGAGGAGAAGGGGUCAGUAGGGCGCCGAAGUGUCUUUGCCCUUGAAAACACUGCCCCGCGACCAUGGCCGUAUUGACAGUACUUCUGCGAGGCGGUGUCCGAGGGCGCAGCCCCCUGCUUCGGAGGCUGAUGCAGGAAAUAAGACAUGUGGAGCGAAAUUAUGUAUCAAAACCUACUUUGAAUGAAGUUGUCAUAGUAAGUGCUGCAAGAACACCCAUUGGAUCCUUUCUAGGCUGCCUUUCAUCACUGGCAGCCCCUCAGCUUGGUUCCAUUGCAAUUCAAGGAGCCAUUGAAAAGGCAGGGAUUCCAAAAGAAGAAGUGAAAGAAGCAUAUAUGGGAAAUGUUCUACAAGGAGGUGAAGGACAAGACCCUACAAGGCAAGCAGUGUUGGGUGCAGGUUUACCUAUUUCUACCCCAUGUACCACUGUAAACAAGGUUUGUGCUUCAGGAAUGAAAGCCAUCAUGAUGGCCUCUCAGAAUCUUAUGUGUGGACAUCAGGAUGUGAUGGUGGCAGGUGGGAUGGAGAGCAUGUCCAAUGUUCCAUAUAUAAUGAACAGAGGAGCAACACCAUAUGGUGGGGUAAAACUUGAAGAUCUGAUUGUAAAAGAUGGGCUAACUGAUGUCUACAAUAAAAUUCACAUGGGUAACUGUGCUGAGAAUACUGCAAAGAAGCUAAAUAUUCCAAGAGAUGAACAGGAUACUUAUGCUAUUAACUCGUACACCAAAAGUAAAGCAGCAUGGGAAGCUGGAAAGUUUGGAAAUGAAGUUAUUCCUGUCACAGUUUCAGUAAAAGGUAAACCAGAUGUGGUGGUGAAAGAAGAUGAAGAAUACAAGCGUGUUGAUUUUAGUAAAGUUCCAAAGCUAAAAACAGUUUUCCAAAAAGAAAACGGCACAGUAACAGCAGCCAAUGCCAGCACGCUGAACGACGGGGCAGCUGCCAUGGUUUUGAUGACGACAGAUGCAGCCAAGAGGCUCAAUGUUAAGCCGCUGGCAAGAAUAGCAGCAUUUGCUGAUGCUGCUGUGGACCCCAUUGAUUUUCCAGUUGCACCUGCCUAUGCUGUGCCUAAGGUUCUUAAAGAUGCAGGACUGAAAAAAGAAGACAUUGCAAUGUGGGAAGUAAAUGAAGCUUUUAGUGUGGUUGUGCUAGCAAACAUUAAAAUGCUGGAGAUUGAUCCCCAAAAAGUGAAUAUUAAUGGAGGAUCUGUUUCUCUGGGGCAUCCAAUUGGGAUGUCUGGAGCCAGGAUUGUGGUUCAUCUGGCUCAUGCCCUGAAGCAAGGAGAAUACGGUCUGGCCAGUAUUUGCAAUGGAGGAGGAGGUGCCUCUGCAUUGCUGAUUCAGAAACUGUAGACAACCUCUGCUGUUUAGGAGACAGCCCUUUGUGACUCCCCCGGGACAACUUAUAUUCAAACUCUUUCAUUUAUUAUUUUCUAUUUUAACUUUUAAAAAUAAAAAUGAUCACAUCCCCCAAC